AUGCCCGUCGCCUACCCUUGGAGCCUUGGUGCUCCUCAAGCCGUGGCUGACAAGAUGGAGGCUUCCGUGUUGAACAAGGGCAGGAUCUGUACCCUCACCUACUCGCCUAGCCGCGGGGCCUUUCGUAUCACGCGCAUGUCGAGCAGCGGCAAGACGCGCACAGUCCUGAACAUCCCGGUGAGGCUGAUCAUCAACAUCGAGACCGCGGCCGAGCGAGACGCGCGGCAGCGAGCACGCCAAGCAAACGACGACACGAUCAGGCUUGUCUUUGCCGAGAACAGCCGUGGUACGGGGAGUCUUCUUUGCUCCUUCCCUUCCGGCACCGGCGAGGACAACGAGGCACUGGUGUUCGCCCACUCCCGCGUCAACACGGCGUCCUCCACAGUGGGGAUUCAGAGUGGGUCACUUCACCGACGUACUUCGUCGCGCUUCAGCACGUACGCAGACGCCUCCCUGGCGGACACCACGGCGCCGGGCAUCCGCUACUACAUGCACUACGUGCGGCAGCGCAACAAGGGACACCCGUCUAUCCACACGCUGGAGUUCCAGUCGAACGGCUCGGCGGAGGCGGUGCGGUGCGUUGUGUCCCAGGUGGUGGAGCGCAUCUACCAGAAGGGCUCGAAGCACAUUAUUGUCUUUAUUAGCACCAAGUCUGGCAAGGGGAAGGGUGAGCAUAUCUUUGAGAAGCAGGUGCGCCCUCUGCUGCACUUCAGCCGCCACACAUUCCAUGCCUACGUGACGCGCCGCGCGCACGACUGCGAGGACUACGUGGCGAACCUGGAGAAUCCGAUGAGCCAUAACACCGUCAUUGCUACCGUCGGCGGGGACGGCAUGAUUCACGAAACGGUGAAUGGCAUGCACCGCCGCAAGCUGGCGCUCGUGCGCUGGCUGCGCAGCGUGACAACUGAGGUGAGCACGGGGGACACUCCCGUCGUCUCAUCCAAUAUGUUUCUGCAGCUGAACGACAACAGCAGCUGCGCUGAAGCAGGUGCGCGAAUCCUCCCAGCGCUCUGCGAGGGAAUAUGGACGGUGACGCCAACAGAGUUGAACAGCAUUAACAAAGCGGCGCUUCACAACGAGGCUAUCUCCGGCUCUCAUUUGCCCUUCAUUCAGCUGGGUUGGGAGGAGAAGAAGCAUAACGGUGACGGUAGAAGCGGUGCGACGUCGUCGGUCGAGGAGACUGCCCGAGAGGCUCAUCGACUUGCUCACUGCCUGGUUCAGAAUGGCUGGGAUGCGUUGAUGCCGCUCGUUGCAACGGUGGCGACCGGAAGUGCCUGUGGCCUUGCUAAGAGUCUUGACAUUCUCUCCGUCGCUGAGGCAGCGCUGUCGCUGGUGCACCUGAGCACGGUGCACAUGGACCUGCUGAUGAUGAAGUUCACACCGAACGAGGAUAUGUUGGAGUUCCACCGCGGCCGUAUGAGCGCGAAGCGACUCGAAGCCGCAAAGCGCAAGUUCUCGCAGUACGAGAAAGACAAGGCGGUAGAGUUGCAGGAGCGCUCGCGGCUGAAGGAGGAGUUUCACCGGCAUCCCCAAACGCUGACGGCGGCUGAGUAUGCGGCACCCUUCCUGAAGGAUGGCUCGAGCGUCUUCCGCGACGCCGUCAGCUGCGCGACGCGGAUGCCGGAGUUACACAGCCGUGUCGCCUUCAUGUCGCUAUCGUUUGGCGCUGCGAACGACAUCGACCACGGGUCGGAGUCGCUGCGGUGGAUGGGCAAUGCCCGCUUCCAUGUGUACGGCGGGUACAUGAUACUACGUGGUCUCAGGGGGUACAAGGGCAUAUUGCGCUACCUGCCGUGGGAGAGCAAGGCCGGCAAGACGGUCGAGAAGCUGCACCCACGCAGCAGGAUGCCAUCGACGGACGAUUUUCCACUUUGCACGAUGCGGGAGGGCUGCAUGCACUGUUGCCAGUACAAGUUUACCCCCUGCGGCGCGUCGCCGCUCUCCUCCUCGACGCAGGUCAAUGAGGCGCAGCCAGGUCCGACUUCAAACACCAGCCGAGGCGGUGUCCGGGCCAGUAGUGCCGCAGCCACUCUCGCCCCCUACACGGACAGGGAGCUGCUCCACGAGGAAGUCGUGGACUUCAAUGAUGAACACCUGCCGUGGGUAACUAUUCGUGGUGAUUUCUGCUUUAUGCUCAUGUGCAACUUGCGGGAUAUAGCCCAGGACAUGCUCAUGGCGCCGUUAGCACACAUGUCGGAUGGCGCCAUCGACGUAGUCUACUGCCGCUUUGACCCCACCACAGGCCGUAGAGGCCGAAUGGAGAUGCUGAAGUUCUUCAUGUCUCUGGAGUCCGGCUCGCAUGUCAAUCUCGAAUAUGUGAGCUAUGUGAAGGCGCGCGCGUUGGAGAUCAAGGUUGAUGCUGGCAUCUCGAUGUCGGACGGAGAGUUGAUGCCGCUCAGCUCCGUGCGUGUCACAAAGAUGCGCGGCAGCGUGCAGCUCGUGCGCAGUGAGUAG